AAUCCCUUUCUAUUUCCUAGCGUCAAGGUGCAGAAGGGACCGGACAAAUUGGUCGCAUUUUAUUCAAGAAACGCAAGAUAAACUCAACGAAACGAAAGGAUGCCUGAAGAAAUGCGCCAAGAGGAGGAGACUGAGACCUUUGCCUUUCAGGCAGAGAUCGCUCAGUUGAUGUCCCUGAUCAUCAACACCUUCUAUUCCAACAAGGAGAUCUUCCUCAGGGAGCUCAUCUCAAACGCCUCUGAUGCUCUGGACAAAAUUCGUUAUGAAAGCUUGACAGACCCCAGCAAACUGGACAGCGGGAAAGAGCUGAAGAUUGACAUCAUCCCCAACAAGCACGAGCGCACGCUCACCCUCAUUGACACUGGAAUCGGAAUGACCAAAGCCGACCUCAUCAACAACCUGGGCACCAUUGCCAAGUCCGGCACCAAGGCCUUCAUGGAGGCUCUGCAGGCUGGGGCUGAUAUUUCCAUGAUUGGCCAGUUUGGUGUGGGUUUCUACUCUGCCUACCUUGUGGCCGAGAAGGUGGUUGUCAUCACCAAGCACAACGACGAUGAGCAGUAUGCCUGGGAGUCUUCUGCUGGCGGGUCCUUCACUGUCAGGCUGGACCAUGGUGAACCUAUUGGCCGAGGUACCAAAGUCAUCUUGCACCUGAAAGAGGACCAGACUGAAUACGUUGAGGAGAAGAGGGUCAAGGAGGUUGUGAAGAAGCACUCUCAGUUCAUUGGCUACCCCAUCACCCUCUUUGUGGAAAAGGAGCGUGACAAGGAAAUCAGUGACGACGAGGCCGAGGAGGAGAAGGCCGAGAAGGAGGAGAAAGAGGAAGAGGAGGACAAGCCCAAAAUCGAGGACGUGGGGUCCGACGACGAGGAAGACGCCAAGGACAAGGACAAGAAGAAGAAGAAGAAGAUCAAGGAGAAGUACAUCGACCAGGAGGAGCUGAACAAGACCAAGCCCAUCUGGACAAGGAACCCCGACGACAUCACCAACGAGGAGUACGGAGAGUUCUACAAGAGCCUGACCAACGACUGGGAGGACCACCUGGCGGUGAAGCACUUCUCCGUGGAAGGCCAGCUGGAGUUCCGCGCCCUGCUGUUCAUCCCGAGGCGCGCGCCCUUCGACCUCUUCGAGAACAAGAAGAAGAAGAACAACAUCAAGCUGUACGUCAGGAGGGUCUUCAUCAUGGACAGCUGCGAGGAGCUCAUCCCCGAGUACCUGAACUUCAUCCGUGGUGUCGUGGACUCCGAGGAUCUUCCCCUGAACAUCUCCAGAGAGAUGCUGCAGCAGAGCAAAAUCCUGAAGGUGAUCCGGAAGAACAUUGUGAAGAAAUGCCUGGAGCUUUUUGCCGAGCUGGCGGAGGACAAGGAAAACUACAAGAAGUUCUACGAAUCCUUUUCCAAGAACCUCAAGUUGGGCAUCCAUGAGGACUCCCAGAACCGCAAGAAGCUGUCAGAGCUGCUGCGUUACCACAGCUCCCAGUCCGGAGAUGAGAUGACCUCCCUCACCGAGUACCUGAGCCGCAUGAAGGAGAACCAGAAGUCCAUCUACUACAUCACUGGUGAGAGCAAGGACCAGGUGGCCAACUCCGCCUUCGUGGAGCGAGUGCGCAAGCGCGGCUUCGAGGUCCUCUACAUGACGGAGCCCAUCGACGAGUACUGCGUCCAGCAGCUGAAGGAGUUCGACGGGAAGACGCUCGUCUCCGUCACCAAGGAGGGCCUGGAGCUGCCCGAGGAUGAGGAGGAGAAGAAGAAGAUGGAGGAGGACAAGGCCAAGUUCGAGAACCUCUGCAAGCUCAUGAAGGAGAUCCUCGACAAGAAAGUGGAAAAGGUGACGGUGUCCAACCGCCUGGUCUCCUCUCCGUGCUGCAUCGUCACCAGCACCUACGGCUGGACGGCCAAUAUGGAGCGCAUCAUGAAGGCCCAGGCCCUGAGGGACAACUCCACCAUGGGCUACAUGAUGGCCAAGAAGCACCUGGAGAUCAACCCCGACCACCCCAUCAUCGAGACGCUCCGGCAGAAAGCUGAGGUGGACAAGAACGACAAGGCGGUGAAGGACCUGGUCAUCCUGCUGUUCGAGACCGCCCUGCUGUCCUCCGGCUUCUCACUGGACGACCCCCAGACGCACUCCAACCGCAUCUACAGGAUGAUCAAACUCGGACUGGGAAUUGACGAUGAUGACAUCCCCACAGAAGAACCAGGCACUGCACCAGCUCCUGAGGAGAUUCCACCACUAGAGGGCGACGACGACACUUCACGCAUGGAGGAAGUGGACUAAGAGGCCUUGUGCCAUCCUCUACCUCACUUUUCCAACGAACGCCCUUUUUUUGUUUUGGUUUUUUUUCGUUUUUUGCCCCCACCCCCCACUUUCCUUGGAAGCCUGGUCAGUGUCUUACAGUAAAUUUGUGAAACUGAUGACGUAAAGUUUAGUGGACCAGUGCUGCUCUCUGUCAGUAACCUUGUUCUGAGGGGAAACCAGAUGUCGAUUUCGUGUAAAUGUUUAGCAGUGAGAAGCAUGUGUCUGGUGUUGCCCUGUUGCACUGGGUGAGAGUGAAGACUGGUGGGUGGGUGUGUGCACGGAGCAGGGGGGGGAUGUACAUUCCUGUGUCCUGAGAUGGGGGAUGGGACUCGGGCACAGCACACACAUGGGGAAAACGGAUUUUCCAGCCGUGUCUGU